UUUUAUCUCCUGAUAAGAGAUAUGGUGUGGAGUGACUCUGCACAUGCUCAGUUUGGUGUGUAUUGCUAGAGAGGUUUUUUUUUUUUUUCUUGGAAGAGUGCAUUUCCAUGAUCUGUGUACUGUGGGAGACCAUAUAUAGGGAAUGCAGGGUCCGGGAGACCAGAUAUAGUGAAUGCAGGGUCCGGAGAGACCAGAUAUAGUGAAUGCAGGGUCCAGGGAGACCAGAUAUAGUGAAUGCAGGGUCCGGGAGACCAGAUAUAGUGAAUGCAGGGUCCAGGGAGACCAGAUAUAGUGAAUGCAGGGUCCGGGAGACCAGAUAUAGUGAAUGCAGGGUCCAGGAGACC